ACCUGCACGUCGUCGACAAUUUUCUGAGCGCGAAAACUUUACCAACAAUGAACGCGUGCGUAACCUGGCACUGAGUGACAGUGAAAUUCCUACAGCUACAUAUAACAAUCGCCAAAACUGGUGGGAAACAUUAUCAAAUUUGUGUAAUAACUGUCGUAUAAAUACCUACAAUCCUACAUGGAAACGUUUAUGUCCUGAAUGCGGUUCACAGCUUCUUUCAUCAGAACCAAAAAAUUUUUGCUGUAAUAACAUGUUACGACGUACUAUUCCGCCUCUUCAUCCCUUGCCACUUACCUUACAGAAUCUUUAUAAUUCGGACCCUGAUAAUUUUUGUCAUAACAGUCGUCAAUACAAUUCGUUAUUUUCUUUCACGGUUUUUGGUUAUAUGGGUGGUGUAGUUCGCUUACCGCAUCCACAUGCUUUUGCAAUUAAUGGUCGCGCUUAUCAUCAAGUUUAUCCUGCUAAUGCUAAAGGGUAUCCGACAAAUUGGUUUGUUUAUGAUGCUGAAGCACGAAAUUGUGUUGCUAAUCAACGUAAGCUUGACCAAGAAAUAGUAAAACUGAUUGAGCAAGAAUUGGCUACUGUUAAUCCAUUCGUUAGAGGUUUAUAUCAACUAUACGAUGUAGAUUAUCCUCAGGCACGUUUGAUAAUUCAACAACCAACAAAUAAUGCUGAAGUUGCUGCUUGCACGAUCAUCCAUUCAACAGCUGUAAUACGGGAACGGCAUGUACAAAUUUGGCGUGUUGAUCCUAAAAAUUCAAAACUACAAAAAAUUUCUCAAGUGGAUUAUUAUCGUUAUCGUAUUAUGUCUGAAACUCGAUUUCAUUUGCUUGGCCGUCUUUUUAAUGAAUAUUUAGUAGAUAUGUUUAGCCGAGCAGAUGAUGAACGCUUACAGUAUAUACGUCAAGAACAAUAUCGAUUCAAGAAAAAGGAUUAUGAAAAUGAUGAAACAGUUUAUGAUGAAGCUGAGUUAUAUCCGAAGAAUAUUUAUUUACCAGCAUCACACACGCUUUCGUAUAGGUGGUCUUACAAAAAAAUGAUGGAUGCUCUUGCAGCAGUGAUAAAACAAUAUAUGAUUCAUAAAUGUACUUCGAGGUGUGUACAACAUGGUAAUAGUUGUCAUUGGAAUUAUCCUAAACCUUUGCGAGAAAGUACUACAGUAAAUGAAUAUAGCCAUGUUCAUUAUCGACGACAUACUGAAAAUGAUGAAAAUAUUGUACCAUACAAUCCUUUUCUUUUGUUGAAACUACAUUCGCAUAUAAAUGUUAAAGUAGCUUCUACUUCACAUGUAUACUACGAAUUGUAUACAUUUACUUAUGCUAAAGAUUUAGUCAAUCAACAAUCACUGCCUCCAAAUAAUUAUUUGGAAAAAGAACAAGAAGGUUGUCAACGAUGUAUUGUCAAGCCGUAUAAGCCAAAUCAUACACAUGUAACAAGAAUGAACAUAAUACGGCCAUGUGUGGGUGAAAAAUAUUAUCUUCGCAUGCUUUUAAGUUGUCAUGCGGCUAGGUCAUUUAGAGAACUAUGUAUAGUAAAUGAUACAUUAUACUCAAACUUUCAAGAUGCAGCACGUGCCUUUGGAUUAUUAGAGGAUGUAAAUGAAAAUGAGCAAUGCUUUGCUGAAGCUGUAACUUACAAAUGUACUCCGGCACAGCUUAGAUUGCCUUUUUGUCAUCUUAUACUAGAAGGAGAGAAUGAAGCUUUAAUGUGGAUAGCAAGUUUUUUAGAAGAGCAUGGUAGCCAAAUAACGCAAUUUGGUUUACCUCAGCCAUCAGAACAUCUUGAUGAAAUAACACGCAUUCAAGCACGUUACAAUGAUUACAAUACGCUGAUUGCAACACGUGAUAAAAUGAUAAGUAAGCUUAACUUUGAACAGAAGAGCAUUUAUCAAAAAAUUAUGAAUCAUGUUUAUGAACUUAAACGACCUGUUCGUGAUGUUCAUGAUCUAGGAUACUCUCAACUAAUGGACAAAAUAGAUGAUGGUGUCGAUGGUGAAGAUGUAUCAUUGGCAUUAUUAAAAAUGACCCAUGAAAUAAAUGAUGUGAUUGAUUUUGCCUUUCCUGAAACUGUGUUAAAUGAACCGAAUAAAUGCCAAAAAUGUGCGAUUCUUUGUCUGUUAAAUUCAGAAGUAGAAUCUAUUAAUGAAAUUAUUUUACAAAGAUUAAGAGGUGAUGCAGUUGAUUUGUAUAGUACAGAUAGCUUAGCAGAUGAUGAUACAAGAACAAAUCAAGCUCAGAGAAAUAUGAUAUCGGUUGAAUUAUUAAAUACGUUUAAUGCAUCUGAAAUACCAAAGCACUGUCUGACUCUAAAGAAGGGAUGCGUUGCAACUAUAAUGAGGAAUCUCUCAAUACAUGAUGGCUUAUGUAAAAAUAGCAGAGUUAUUAUUCUGGAUAUAGGACAAAGAUUGGUCACUGUACAGAACCCUGCAAUGGGUUCUGUAAUUUACUUACCAAGGAUCACUUUCUUAUUCUGUGUACCUCAAUUUCCAUUCAAGAUCAGCCGCCAUCAAUUUCCCUUACGACUCGCUUAUUCUUCAACCUUUAACUCUUCACAAGGUUUAACACUAGAUCGAGUUGCACUUAACUUAUACACACCAGUAUUUAGUCAUAGACAAUUAUAUACUGCUCUUACACGAGUUCGGCAAUGA